UUUAGGAGAUUCUUUUGUGGGCGUUUGUUGUUUUAGUAACAGAGGAAUGAAUAUGAGCUAUCUCAUGGGGGAUAAAGAAAAAAAGAAAUGCCAAAUUACCAAUAAAUUCCCUGUAAAACAUAUCUCCUAAUCCUGAAUAAAUUGAGUAAAUUAAAUCCAAAUUUUUGAUAAAGCCAGAAGUGUAGCCGAUCGAGAAGCAAAUCAAAUGGGGAACGCUCAAUCACCUCCUGCAGAUCCUCGCUUCGUUUCUGCUUCCAGAGCAUUCACUCAAAAUGAACUUGAAGAACUCAAAUCAUUGUUCAUGUCGCUGGCUGCCCAGUCACAAAACAACGCCAAGCACAUAUCUUCCUCUGUUUUUCAGGUAUAUUUUGGAUUGAAUGGUCCUCUUGGAGAAAGAAUGUUCGAUUUAGCUACCCAGAAUCGCAAGGAUCAGAAACUUUCUUUCGAAGACCUUGUAGUCGCUAAAGCUACUUAUGAGAAAGGAACAAAAGAUGAAAUUGAAGAGUUUCUUUAUCAAUUAGUGGACAUCAAUGAUGACGGUAUUUUGGGGAGGUCAGAUCUAGAAUCUGUUCUAAUUGCAAUGCUGGACAGUAUAUUUUCCACGAAGAUUUCUGGAACUGGUUCGAGUUCUCAUCAGGACAGUGUGAAUGUAUUUCUUAAUGCUGGAAUGUAUUCAAAAAAUGAAGGAUGUAACGAGGAAAGUAUGUCUUUUGAAGAUUUCAAAGCUUGGUGCACACUUAUUCCAUCUGCCAGGAAGUUUCUUGGAAGCUUAUUGAUGCACCCAGAUCCAGGAAGACCAGGAUGUCAAGUUCCUCGAUUGCUGCAUUUAGAGAAUAUUGAUUCUAGUAUUUUAUUGUUGAGGAAGGAAUAUGCAUGGCACAUUGGAGGAGCUCUUUCCCAGCAAGAACUGGAGGAAUGGAAACUCUUGUAUCAUAGUGCUCUGAAUGGCUUAAGUUUCAACACAUUCUUAGGCAGCAUAUCAAAUGAUGAAGGACCUACUUUGUUGAUUAUUAAGGACAAAGAAGGAUACAUAUAUGGAGGUUAUGCUUCUCAGCCUUGGGAGAAGCAUGGUGAUUUCUAUGGAGAUAUGAAAUCUUUUCUUUUUCAGCUCUACCCAAAGGCAGCUAUAUUCAGGCCUACUGGAGCAAACAAUAAUCUACAAUGGUGUGCAGUGAAUUUCAGUUCAGAGAGCAUCCCUAAUGGAAUUGGUUUUGGAGGACGUGUUAAUCACUUUGGUCUUUUCCUCUCGGCGGGCUUUGACCAAGGGCAUACCUUCACUUGCACCACAUUUGGCAGCCCUUCUCUUUCCAAAACUGGUCGAAUAUAUCCAGAAGUGAUAGAAUGCUGGGGAGUUAUUAAAGGAUCACAGAAAGAGAAUCAGGAUGCUGUCAAAGGUACCGUAUUAGAUAGAUUUAAGGAGGACCGCCAUAUGCUUAACAUGGUUGGGCUUGCAAAUUCGAGUGAGUAAUGUAUGAAAUUUCCGGCACUGUAUCAUUAUAGUUUGUAACUUUUAACGGUCUGUCAACAGUCCGAACAAUCAUCUUGUAUAUAGACGCCAUCAGGCUGUGUGUCAAAUAUCUGAACAUCAUUGUUACUUAGAUAUGUUUGUAUAUGGUGCUCUAUAUACAGUGGAUUUUUGGUGUCAAAGUUUUUCCUUGAUACACAAACUUGUAUUAAUGCUUUAUUUGUGGAUUCUCGCUAUGAACUAUUGCUAGUUUCUGUUUUCUU